GAGUAUCCCACCCUGUCUAUUUUGUUUAAGGUGCACCUUGGUUACAAGUUGGAAUGACAUUGAGAUGACUAUCAAUGCAACCUUACUCGUAAGAUUUCUUUCAGCAAUACAGGCCAAGUUCUGGCAAUUUCUGAAACUUAUUAUGGGUGGUUGGAUGAGGUAAAGGGAAUGUCUCAUUUCUUAAAUGUCAACUAUGGAUACUGCGACACUCAACAUUUGUCCCAAAUAUCUUGUUUUGAUGAAUGAUUUCACCAUUUUGUUCUGCAUUUUGAGAUGAGGAUGAAGAGGGAAAAUGUGCUGAAUUCAAGGUUUGAGCUUACUAGCUCUCUCUUCUUGCAGUGAACUCCACGCAUUUCCAGUUCAGCAGCAUAAGCGUCGAACACGAAAAGCAGCUCAAAACUAAUGCGCAAAUAUGGGAUGUAAAGGAACCAAAACAGUUCAGCGCAAAACAGUUGCAUUCUGUAACUUCCUUCUUCCUUUCUGUCACGCUUAUCAUAUUUUUCCUGUGGCAGAAAUUCAGUUAUAAAAUGAAAUCCAACUUGAACAGGACCUGACAAAGAACCCAUCACAGUUCAAGCUUUCCAGCAAUGGGAACCAACAUGUUAUUCCUGUUCAGCGAUUGGUCUCUUGUUGAUUCUGUUACCACCAUCGCAGAAACAGCAGAAGCUUCUUCCAGCAUCUUCACUCACUUCAUUGAAGCUAGGGCAGCUCUUUUGUUGCUGGGAUUUCUAUAUCUUGCCUUCAGAAGCAACAGCACCUCCUCUGUCUACCUCAUAGACUACACAUGCUACCGUCCACCGGAUCACCUGCGGGCACCUGUCCCCAACUUCACAGAGCAUAUAGAGAGAACAGAAGGCUUCAGUAGAGAGAACAGAGAUUUUCAGCAAAAGGUUCUUCAAAGGUCAGGGAUAGGGGACGAAGCAUGCAUGCCAAUCUCGGUGCACGAGCUCCCUCCCAACACUUCUUUCGGCCCAUCUCAACAAGAAGUGGAGCAAGUCGUCUUCCAGGUGGUGAAAGAUCUUCUCUCGGAGCACAGGAUAAAUCCAAAAGAAAUCGAUAUGCUGAUAUCAAACUGCAGCAUAUUCUGUCCCGCUCCAUCCAUCACAUCCAUGAUCAUCAACAGGUUUGGACUCAGAAGCAAUGUUAAAAGCAUCAGCUUGAGCGGAAUGGGCUGCAGCGCCGGGCUUCUCUCGAUAAGCAUGAUUAAAGAACUCUUCAAAGUUCAUAAAAAUUCACUUGCUCUGGUUCUCAGCAUGGAAGCUGUAACCCCAAACGGAUAUCGAGGCAGAACAAAGUCCAUGCUGGUAGCCAACACGAUAUUCAGAAUGGGGGGAGCUGCCAUUCUGCUGUCAAACAAGAAACAUGACAAGUGGAGAGCCCAUUAUGAGCUUCAGCAUCUCGUCCGAACUCACAUGGGAGCAGAUGAACAGUCCUACUGCUCAGUCGUUCAGAAACCAGAUGAGGAAGAUGUUGUUGGGGUUUCACUGUCCAAGUCACUGUUACAAGUUGCAGCUCGUGCUUUGAAGAUUAAUGUAUCAGAGUUGGGACCCCUCGUGCUGCCUUACUCAGAACAGCUCAAGUACUGUUGGUUAGUGACUUGUCAGAAACUCUGCGGGAAAGGAAGAGCAAAGAGGGAAGCAGCUGUGGUGGUGCCGAGAUUCAAACGUGCUUUCGAGCAUUUCUGUAUCCAUGCUGGGGGAAGGGCCAUAAUCGACGGGGUGGAAAAGAAUCUGAAGCUGGAGAAUGAAGAUGGAGAAGCUUCAAGGAUGACACUUUAUAGAUUUGGUAACACUUCGUCUUCAUCAGUCUGGUAUGAACUUUCUUAUCUAGAAGCGAAGGGCAAGGUGAAGAAGGGAGACAGGAUUUGGCAGAUUUCUUUCGGGAGUGGGUUCAAGUGUAACAGCGCAGUUUGGAAAUCCCUUGCAAAUGUUGAUCCUGAAAGGAAAAAGGCAUGGUCAGACAGAAUUCAUAUGUAUCCUGUCCAGAUGCCAGAUUUUUCAUAGCUCAUAGAUAAAACUCAAGGGAUAACAGUGAUUGUAAUUCACACAAACAUGCACCUAGUUAAUGUGCCACCAAAUGUACAGACCAUAUGAUAAGUGUUAAAGCUAUAUCAUAGUCCUUAGUCCUUACCUACUUUGUUUAUCGCGCACCAUAGCAGUUUUCCUUUAGUGUCAACUCACUUAUCCAUCAGCUAAGACUUCACAGAUUUUGACAACUGCCGUUGCUUGGACAAGAUCUCAGCAAUAAGAUGGCGACCAAACAGAUGAGAAUUCUUAAGAAUGACAUUUCUUGAGGACGAGUUUACAGCAUAGCCUUGUCCGGGCAUCCAUUUCAG